UCCAGGUAGUGACCCGUCUCCAGGCGGCUCUGUGGGCGCAUGCGCAACCCGGUUUGUGUGCGGCCUAGUGAUUUUUUCCUACUACACUGUACGGUAAACGGGAAGUGGCGGGGACGGUAAUUACGUCCCUUCACGAAACGAGUCGGAAUCUCGGCUUGUCAAAGAAGACAAGCCAUGGAGGCGGACUACUACAGCCCGGAGAACUCGGAUGAUGGGGGUGCAACCCCAGUACAAGAUGAGCGAGAGUCUGGCUCUGACGAUGAAGGAAAUGAUCAUGAGCAGCACGGAUCAGGAGGUGAAAGUCCAGGGAAUAGAUAUGAGAAUGACGACAGUGAUGCUGAAGAAGCAAACAAAGAUGGAGGCAGCGGUUCAGAAAACGAAGCCAAUGAUUCAGAUGAUGAUGAGCGGAGACCACGCAACUCCAGUGACGUGGAGAAUGAUAGUUUUAAUCACAAUGCUAGUGACUCUGAAACUGAAGUGGCUCAUAAUCAUGUUGCCAGUGAUUCAGAGGAUGAGGCACCCCGGCAAAAAGAUACUGAUGAUGAUGGCACUCCUGUUAAAGGUGUAGUAAGUGACUCUGAAGAAGAUGUACGGUCUAGACAUUCAGCCAGUGAUUCAGAUGAGGAUAGACCUACUAAAAGAAAGGGAAACAGGAAUGAUGACUCGGAAGAUGAAGCCCCUGCCAAGCGUGCGGGCAGUGACUCGGAAGAUGAAGCCCCUGCCAAGCGUGCGGGCAGUGACUCGGAAGAUGAAGCCCCUGCCAAGCGUGCGGGCAGUGACUCGGAAGAUGAAGCCCCUGCCAAGCGUGCGGGCAGUGACUCGGAAGAUGAAGCCCCUGCCAAGCGUGCGGGCAGUGACUCGGAAGAUGAAGCCCCUGCCAAGCGUGCGGGCAGUGACUCGGAAGACGAAGCCCCUGCCAAGCGUGCGGGCAGUGACUCGGAAGACGAAGCCCCUGCCAAGCGUGCGGGCAGUGACUCGGAAGACGAAGCCCCUGCCAAGCGUGCGGGCAGUGACUCGGAAGACGAAGCCCCUGCCAAGCGUGCGGGCAGUGACUCGGAAGACGAAGCCCCUGCCAAGCGUGCGGGCAGUGACUCGGAAGAUGAAGCCCCUGCCAAGCGUGCGGGCAGUGACUCGGAAGAUGAAGCUCCUGCCAAGCGCGUGGGCAGUGACUCUGAGGAUGAGACCCCUGCUAAGUGCGUGGGCAGUGACUCGGAGGAUGAAGUCCGUAAGAAGCGCAAGAAGCGUGUGGACAGUGACUCGGAAGAUGAAGCCCCUGCCAAGCGUGCGGGCAGUGACUCGGAAGAUGAAGCCCCUGCCAAGCGUGCGGGCAGUGACUCGGAAGAUGAAGCCCCUGCCAAGCGUGCGGGCAGUGACUCGGAAGAUGAAGCCCCUGCCAAGCGUGCGGGCAGUGACUCGGAAGAUGAAGCCCCUGCCAAGCGUGCGGGCAGUGACUCGGAAGAUGAAGCCCCUGCCAAGCGUGCGGGCAGUGACUCGGAAGAUGAAGCCCCUGCCAAGCGUGCGGGCAGUGACUCGGAAGAUGAAGCCCCUGCCAAGCGUGCGGGCAGUGACUCGGAGGAUGAAGUCCGUAAGAAGCGCAAGAAGCGUGCGGGCAGUGACUCUGAGGAUGAGGCCCCUGCCAAGCGCGUGGGCAGUGACUCGGAGGAUGAAGUCCGUAAGAAGCGCAAGAAGCGUGUGGACAGUGACUCGGAAGAUGAAGCCCCUGCCAAGCGUGUGGGUAGUGACUCGGAGGAUGAAGCCCCUGCCAAGCGUGUGGGCAGUGACUUGGAGGAUAAAGUCCGUAAGAAGCGCAAGAAGCGUGUAGCCAGUGACUCAGAAGAUGAGGUUGCUAACAAGCGUGCAGCCAGCUCUGGAGAUGAAGCUCCUGGCAAACGUGUGGCCAGUGACUCUGAGGAUGAGAGACCUGUUAAGCGCCCUGCUAGGCGUGCUGUCAGUGGAUCAGAUGAUGACUCCUCUAAAAAAAAGGCUGGUGGGUCAGAAGAUGAAGCCCCUGCUAAACAAAAAAUUGUUGACUCAGAUGAUGAAGUUACUACUAAGCGUGCGGUUAGUGACUCGGAUGAUGAACGUCCUUCUAAACCAGUGCACAGUGACUCUGAUGAGGAUACAACUGCAAAACCUGCAGAAAAUAAUUCAGAGGAUGAAUUUCCUAGGAUGAAAAGUAAAAUUGUGUCAUCAGAUGAUAGUGAUGAUGAAGUGAAAAGAAAAAUGACUAAGAGAAAGAAGAAAAGAACACCACGCCGAAGUUCAGGGAGUGAUGAUAGUGCAAGUGAGAGUGCCAAGAAGAAGACCGCUUCGGACAGUGAGGAAGAAAAUGAUGAGAAAAUUUCAAAGAGGAAAACUAUUCUUUCUGACAGUGAAGAUGAAGAGACAUCCGAUAAACCAGCCAAUAAAAAGAGUCGAAUCCUCUCAGAUGGUGAUGGUUCUGACAGUGACGCAUCCUCCAAGAAAACGACUAAAAAAAAGAAGGCAAUGUCAUCUGACAGUGAAGCCGAGGAUGAGACGAAAUCUAAGGGCGAGCCAAAAGUUGCGGAGAAGAAGCUCUUUGGAAGUGACAGUGAAUCUGGAAAUGAUGAAGAAAAUCUAAUUGCAGACAUUUUUGGAGAGUCUGGUGAUGAAGAGGAGGAGGAGUUUACAGGUUUUAACCAAGAGGACCUGGAAGGAUCAAAGCCAGGAGCGCCCAAGCCAGCAGCAGAGGAAGAUUCUGACUCUGACGUUGAUGUAAAAUCUGGUAAAAUGAUGGAUUUCAAAUCUGACUUUGAAAUUAUGUUAGAGAAGAAGAAGAGCAUGAGUGCUAAGAGGCGAAGGAAUCGGGAUGGUGGCACUUUCAUAAGUGAUGCAGAUGAUGUAGUGAAUGCCAUGAUAAUGAAAAUGAAUGAAGCAGCAGAGGAAGAUAGAACGCUGAACACAAGCAAGAAGCCAGCAUUGAAGAAAUUAACAUUGCUCCCCACUGUAGUGAUGCAUCUAAAAAAACAAGAUUUGAAAGAGACGUUUAUUGAUAGCGGCGUCAUGUCUGCCAUAAAAGAAUGGCUUUCUCCCCUUCCUGACCGCAGCUUGCCUGCGCUAAAGAUCAGAGAGGAACUUCUUAAGAUACUUCAAGAGCUGCCCAGUGUGAGUCAGGAGACGCUAAAACACAGUGGCAUUGGCAGAGCUGUCAUGUACCUAUACAAACAUCCUAAAGAGUCCAGGCCGAAUAAGGAUAUUGCUGGCAAGCUGAUAAAUGAAUGGUCACGACCUAUUUUUGGGUUGACCUCCAACUACAAGGGGAUGACAAGAGAAGAGAGAGAACAAAGAGAUCUGGAACAGAUGCCACAGCGAAGAAGGUUGAGCAGCUCGGGGGGGCAGACACCACGCAGGGACCUGGAAAAAGUGUUGACUGGAGAAGAGAAGGCAUUACGUCCAGGUGACCCUGGUUUUUGUGCACGAGCUAGAGUUCCUCUGCCCUCUAACAAGGAUUAUGUUGUUCGUCCAAAAUGGAAUGUGGAGAUGGAAUCUUCCCGGGGAAGUGCAAAGAAAGGAGUGAGUCGAUUGGACAAACAAAUGAGGAAAUUCACAGACAUCCGUAAGAAGAAUCGCUUUGGACACGCUGUUAAAAUCAGUAUAGAAGGGAAUAAGAUGCCUUUGUGACACAUGCUGCCCUUUUCUCCAUGCCAAUAUUGGGACUUUGCUUUUAAUGAACUUGUUCUGUUGCAUUCAAUGAAUUGGACUCUUAAAGAGCCUUUUGCAAUAGUUUUAAUGUGUUACCCCUUGGCCCUGUAAAUGUGUUCUGUGCCCUGCAGGAGACCAGGUUUCUUCAGCUUCCUCAUGUUCACACCUCCUCUGAAGACCUACUCUGGUCCUUAUUUUUGGAUUGUAUUUAAUGCUCUUUGUACAGAUUAAUUUCUCUUCGUACCUCAGUAUCUGGAUUUCGGACAAUAAAUUCUAUCUUGGUUUUUCUAA